CAUUGAUAGUAAGAUAAUGAUUGUCAUUAUAAUAUCGCGUUUACUAUAAAAUAUUGCCUAAAUACAUUUAAAGUCACUAUCCACAUGUUAUUAGUUAAAAAAUACUUUUUGAAGUUUAAAGUGGUUUUAAGUGUUAAUGAGAUUAUUUGGAUAUCACUCUGUAAUGUCUUGCGUAAAUACUAAUGACUUUCAAUCGGACGAUGCACACCCUGGCAAUUUUAAUGCAAUGGGACAUUGCAUUUCAAGUGAUGAACAUUAUUAUCUGUUUGUCGGCUGCAUUGGUAUUCGGUAUUGUAUAUUCUGAUGAGUCGAACCUCUUAGACAGCAUAAGGGAUGACGUCGUCGUGUCUAUGUCCUCCGUUUACGGAUACUGGCUGGGGAAAAGGGCUAUUGACGGCAUUCAUGAUAAAGAUACCUGUGCAAGAACACAAAACGCUAUGAUCUCAUGGCUGCAAAUCGACUUAGGCCACAUGUAUUCUCUUUCAAAAAUUAUUGUCCGUGAACGAAAUAGAGACAGUGACUUUCAACACCUUUCUGGGUUUAAUUUAUCGUUGGCAAAUACAAGUAUGGCACUUACAACUGAAACACCGGUUUAUCACAAUAACUUGCAACAAAAUGGUACUGCAGUUGCAAUCAUACUCCAAAACAUUCUCGCAAGAUACGUAAAAAUAACAAGACCCGGGAUUUUGGUGGUUUGUGAGAUCGAAGUAUUUGAAGGAGAAUGUGAAACUGGGCAUUUUGGAAAAGAAUGUUUACGAAGAUGUCAUUGUGCAGACGGAAGAACUUGUAAUAAAAUAAGUGGUAAAUGCCAAUCACCAAUAUGUGAAAACGGAUUUACAGGCGAAGCUUGUGAGAAAGAAUGUGCAUUUCAAUACUUCGGACAUGCCUGCGAACAAAAAUGUCAUUGUAGUAAUUUCAAGGAUUGCACGAAGGAUCAUGGGUUAUGCCCGGGGAACUGUGCGUCAGGAUAUGAAGGAUCACAUUGUGAAAAGGUAUGUCGUUUUGGACGCUAUGGAGAUAAUUGUGCAAAUAGAUGUGGAAAGUGUCAAGAUAAUGUAACAUGUCAUCAUGUCACAGGAACAUGUGAAAACGGUUGUAAAACUGGAUAUUUUGGUCAGCGAUGUAUUGACGCGUGGAACUUGCUUGAGCGAGAAUCAGUACGUUUCAAUGUUUCAACAUCGUCCGUUUAUGCAAACUGGGAACCAGAACUUGCUUUGGAUGGUAACACUGGACCAGAUCCUGAGCACUGUCACUGUUGUACCUCUACUCAAAAUGAAGCUCAGUCAUGGUACAUGAUUGAAUUGGAACACCAGUACGUUUUGAAAGCAGUAGAGAUUUUUGGUAGACUUCGAGAGCAAAGCUACCAUCAGUUACAAGGUUUUGAACUUAUUCUUCAAAAUUCAUCAGCCGAAGAAAUGGACCCAGUAUAUAUUAAUCCCGACAUGAAUGGAGCUGAUUCCGUUAACGUUACAUUAGGAAACGUCUUGGCCAAUAUUAUUGUUAUUCGACGACCUGGAAAGCUCACGCUCUGUGAAGUAAAAGUUUACGAAGGAGCUUGUCCAACUGGAAGAUACGGUAGUGAGUGUCGCCAAUCUUGCCAUUGUGCAGAUGGUAAAAUGUGUAUGAAAGACAACGGAACAUGUGUUUCAGAACAUUGCAGCGCCGGUUGGAAAGGAACGGCGUGUAAUACUGCUUGCACAGGGGGAUAUUAUGGUGAUGAUUGCGCUUCAAAAUGUGGACAUUGCAAAAUGAAUGCAGAAUGCCAUCAUGAAACUGGAGAAUGUCAAAAUGGUUGUUUGAACGGGUUUACGGGCUCAAAAUGUAAAGAAAAGAAAGAUUCGUCCUCUGCUACUCUGACGGUGGUACUUGCAAUAAUUGGAAUCGGAAUUCUGAUAGUUGUAGCGUUCGUUGUCAUAAAAUGUCGGAGCCGAAAAUACGAAAUCACAGGCAAUAAAAAUCGAGAAAAUAACGAUGAACAAGAGGAUUUUUUGAAGAAUGGAAGACGAGAAUUACUGACAGUAUUAACAGACACUGAAGAAAAUAAACAAGAUGGAGACUCACGGGACAUUGCAAAACCUUCUGACAGCUACUCGGAUGUUUGAAGCAGCAGUAUUAUUUGGAGAUUUCAAUAAUGAAUCCAAACAUGCGUUUCAUUGUAUUUGUACCUGUUGUGUGUUCUUUUGGAAAUCCAGUUAUCAAUACUUCUGACAUUUGUAAUUAUAUUUCAAAUGACGGAAUGUUGCUAUUAUUUACUUCAGUAAGGUAAUAGUUCAGUACGGAUAUCUGCAGUGCGAAUUCAGUGUUUUCCUGACUUGUCAAAUAAAAAAAUAA